AUGCGGGAGGGGAGCGCGGGCGGCCGCGGCGCGGAGAACCGGACGGGUUCCGAGCCCCCGCUGCACCUGUUCCCCGUGCCCGUGCUCACCGGCAUCACCGUCGCCUGCGUCCUGCUCUUCGUCAUCGGGAUCAUCGGCAACCUCAUGACCAUGCUGGUGGUGUCGCGGUUCCGGGACAUGAGGACCACCACCAACUUCUACCUGUCCAGCAUGGCCUUCUCUGACCUGCUCAUCUUCCUCUGCAUGCCCCUGGACCUCUUCCGCCUCUGGCAGUACCGGCCCUGGAACUUCGGGGAUCUCCUCUGCAAGCUCUUCCAGUUCAUCAGCGAGAGCUGCACCUACUCCACCAUCCUCAACAUCACGGCGCUCAGCGUGGAGCGGUACGUCGCCAUCUGCUUCCCCCUGCGAGCUAAAGUCAUCAUCACCAAGGGGAAGGUCAAGAUGGUCAUCCUCUUCCUCUGGGCCAUCUCCUUCAUCAGCGCCAGCCCCAUCUUCAUCCUGGUGGGGGUCGAGCACGAGAACGGCACGAACCCCCUGAGCACCAACGAGUGCCGAGCCACAGAGUACGCCAUCCGCUCGGGGCUGCUCACCAUCAUGGUCUGGACCUCCAGCAUCUUCUUCUUCCUGCCCGUGUUUUGCCUGACCGUGCUGUACAGCCUCAUCGGGAGGAAGCUCUGGAGGAGGAAGAGAAAGAACAUCGGUCCAAGCACUGCUGUCAGGGAUAAGAACAACAAGCAAACUGUGAAAAUGUUAGUCGUGGUGGUAUUUGCGUUCAUACUCUGCUGGUUGCCUUUUCACGUAGGACGGUAUUUAUUUUCCAAAUCCUUCGAAGCUGGAUCCCUGGAGAUAGCAGUGAUCAGCCAGUACUGCAACCUGGUGUCCUUUGUCCUCUUCUACCUUAGUGCAGCCAUCAACCCCAUCCUCUACAACAUCAUGUCGAGGAAGUACCGCGUGGCCGCCUGCCGCCUGUUUGGACUCAGAGCCCUGCCCAAGAAGAGCCUGUCCAGCAGCAAGCAGGGCAGCUCCCGUGGGUGGACAGAGCCCAGCAUCACCACAUGA